AUGAAACAAUUAACUAGUCUUGAUAUUUAUGGACAUUUAUUUGAUUAUUUUAAGGUUCGGUCGAGUGAUGAGAAGGAGGAUGAUUCCUCAACAGCAAUUAAACUUCCGAACCACAACAACAAUAACAUAUUGAACCAAUCGGAAGAUGUGCAUAGAAUACAUGAUUCCGAUGAAGAUGAAGAUGAUGGGUAUGGAGUUUAUGAUGAUGAGGAAAUUGAUGAGGUGAAGGAAAUUUGUAAAAUUGAUGAGAAAAUCCUUAAAGAUCCAAUUCAAUUUAUGGAAAUUUUGCAAGUGGUAAGGGAUUCAGUGUUGGAUUAUUUUGCAUUGCAUGAAUUGGUGGAAUUGCAGUUGAGUUGUAAAUAUUUUAAUGAGAUGGUGGAUUUGUUUAUUGUAACGAGAAGUGCAGUGUGGUGGUCUGCUUGUUGGAGGAGAACUUUCAAUUACAUGUAUGGAGGCGAGGCAGUUAAUAAUCGAAUAAGAUUUGGGUCUAUUCAUUCCCAUACUGAGAAUACUUCAACAUUCAAUCAUUUUUAUGCCUCGUCAUUAUCAAUUGAGGAGGAAAUGAAACUAUUUCCAUUCGUGCUGGAAGGUAGUGAGGAGGAGGUUGCACUGGUGAAGGAGGAAGAAGAAAAAGCUGCAGCUCAACUCAAACUCAGGAGGUAUAAUCCAAGAGAGUUGCAAGGUAAAUUUAUUGGAAAGGAGACACAGCAUGAAAGUUUCAAAAUUACAAAGAGUAAGGUCACAAAAUUAAUGAGAAAGUCUGGACUGCUAACUCAAUUCAUUUCCAUGAGUUAUUCAUCAACAGGAAAGAGUGGAUCAGCAAAUGGUAAUUUUGAUAAGCAAUUUCUCACAAAGAAAGUGAAAAGGAAUUACUUUGAGGAACAACAAAGAUCGAAAGGUCAAUCUAAACUUGUUAAGCUUGCCAAUAGUUCACUAAGGUUUAUUUUUUGGUCAAUAUUUAACAAAUGGUGGUUGAAAAGCAAAUCCAAGGAAGAAAAACUCAUAGCACAUACUUCAACCAUUAAUAGAAAAAGAUUGGCUUCCUAUGAUCGUUAUGGACCUGUAAAUAGAACUGAAACUGUUGAAUUACUUUCAUUAGUUCAUCAAGUAGAAGGAAAACCAGAUACUAUCAUUGGUACCUAUGUAAAACAUCACUCCUAUUAUGCAUAAAUAUAUCUCAAAUAAUUGUAAAUAGAAUUAAAAACAAUUUUAAUUCUUCUUCUUUCUGGUAUUGGAAAGUGGAUAGAGAGGUUCAGGAUAUUUUGCCAGAUAAUUCUUGACAUAUUCAUCCAAUUCUCCAGCUUUUUUCAUUUCCAAUAAUUCAACAAGAGUAUCACCAUGACAAUGACAUGAUGCGUCCACUUUACACCAACAUCCCAAAACUUUUCCAUCAAGCUCAUCCAAAUCUUUCAAUAAAUCAUCUCUUCUCAAGAUGUAAUCUCUAUAUUUCUGACAAGCCACUUCUGCACUUCCACCACAAGUAGAUACAGGAUAUGGAUUUCCCCACUUGGAUUGUGGCAAACUCCAACCACCCUUAUUCAAAGCUCUUCCAAUAUAAACUUCACAAUCCUGAACAACUUUACCAUCCUUUCUUUGUAACUUGACUACACUAGUUGUUCUUUUCAAAGAUAAAGGUGUUAGUGAGGAUGAUACUUUUGGAGUGCUUGUUGAAAUUUCUCCCAAAGUUGUUGUUGUUAUUGUUUGUAAUGCUGGUUUCUGAGCAAAGAACUUGGAUUUCUUCACUUGUUGUUGUUGAGUAGUCUUACCAGAUGAUGAUGAUGAUUCCGAUUCGGAGGUAGCAGUAGAUUUAAAUGGUCGCUUUUGAUUUGCUGAUUUUACAUUAUUUUGCUUCUGUUGUUGCUGAGAAGUUGUACUUGAUGAAGAGGAAGUAGAUGAUGAUGAUGAACUUUGAUUGGCAGAAGUAGUACCAGCAGCAGGAACCGAAAAGAAAUUAAAGGAUCGUUGUUGA